AUGGUGGCUGUGGAACCACAAGCUAGUGAAAAUGAAGAACCAUCUCUUCGAGGUCUGGUCAAUCCGUUGUGCGCCAAUGUUGAACUCCAAUCUGCUGAUCAGAAUCGAGCAUCAUCUGUCUUAGUCAAACAGUUGACCUGCAUUGCAGCUGAUCCGUCGACCAAUGUUUACAAUAUUGUACUUGAAUCGGGUCACACUUAUCAUGCUAAUGGAUUCUGUGUCUUUGAUAUGUUUCCUAAUUUGGGUCAAUACCCACGAAUGUUCAAAUUUCUUCAUCUUCUAUGGAGAAAUUGUGCAUCAAAGAUUGACGCGCACUUUGAUGAUGUCGUUACACCUGGAUCGAUCGAUCGUGUUCGUCUUGAAAAUCUUGCUGAGAUUGUUCAGCAUGCAAUUUCAAACUUUUUUUCUAAUCGUUGA